AUGCACUCAUUGGAAACGGAAACUGUUGCAGAACAAGGUAAGGUUCGAAAAAGGUCAAACUGUGGAGCGAUCAAAGAUGAGAAAAUCCAGAGAACAAUACAGUCUUCAGAGCAUAUCCCCCUUGAUUUAAUCGUUGAGAUAUUCUCAAGACUGCCAGCUAAAUCAAUUGUGAGACUUAGCUCCGUUUCCAGGCUCUGGUCUUCAAUAACCACCACUCCAGGUUUCAUCAACUCGGUCGUGACACAGUAUUUGUCAUCACGGCAUUGUGUUAUGCUAAUCUUCAGAAAAAACGACAAGCUGUUCUUUUUUGCGUCUCCGCUACACACUGGUCCUAAAGUGGAGAGUUUUCAAUUUACAAUCCCCAAUAAUGAUAAUAUUCGACGCUACGAAUCCGUCCACGGCUUGAUUUACUUGGAAACUUCUAGACAUGUCAUGUUUAUUAGAAACCCUAUCAUGAAAAGUUUCUUCACAUUACCUAAACUUGAUUGCAACCAAGGCAGUCCCCUAGCAGGAUUUUUGGGUUAUGAUCCGAUCAACGGUAGACACAAAGUACUAUGCAUUCUUAUGGAAGAAAACAAGAUUGGGAUUUUUACAUUGGGAGCUCAAGAAUCAUGGAGAAUACUAACUAAAGGUUUCCCUAGUCAUUACUAUGUGACAGGUUUUGCGCGAUGCAUUGAUGGAGUUAUCUACUAUGAAGGUUCUUUUGGUUGUCCUGUGAGCUCAGUGCGUGCGAUAAUGAGUUUUGAUCUCAAAUCCGAGACGUUCAUUUUGAUUAAACAUCCCAAGAAAUAUGACAAAAAUACAUUUUGGGCAUCUUUUGAGGGAAGAUUAGCUUUGGUAAGUUCCACUCCCUCUGGAGUUGAAUUAUGGAUUCUGGAGGAUCGAAAGAAUCAUAACCAAUGGAUAUAUAAACAUUUUCCUUCACCUCAUGAUUUCAACAAAGAAAAGUGGAAGUUGAUGGGUGUUACUGAGACUGGUGAAUUUAUUUACACAUCUUCUAGAGCUUCUAAGCUUACGAUUUUGGAUAGGGUUUUAUAUGAAUGGUUUCGUAUUAUGUAUGUUGAUCCGAAGAGAAACAGUAUGAGAGAAGUUAUGUAUGGAGGAAUUAUAGAAGACGAUAUUAGGCGACUUGAUAAAGUUGGAUAUGAUCGUAUGAAAGACUUAACUGUUAUAUCAUAUCACAUUGAGAUUUGA